GGGCUCGCCGCUUCCCGUCUGCGCAUGCGCAGUGGCGCCUCAGCGGUUCUGUCAGGGCGGGUGUGACAUGGCGGUGGCGGCGGCAGGAGGCGGAAGCGGCGGCUGGUUCCCGGCUCUGGCGCUCGGGGUUUCCCUCCUCAAAUGUCUCCUCAUCCCAACCUAUCAUUCCACAGAUUUUGAAGUACAUAGAAAUUGGCUUGCCAUCACUCACAACUUGCCAGUCUCUCAAUGGUACUAUGAAGCAACUUCUGAGUGGACCUUGGACUACCCUCCCUUCUUUGCUUGGUUUGAAUGUGCACUGUCACACAUUGCCAAAUACUUUGACCCAGAAAUGUUGGUUAUCCAAAAUCUGAACUAUGCCAGUCACGCCACUGUCCUCUUCCAAAGACUCUCCGUCAUCCUUACAGAUACUCUCUUUAUAUAUGCAGUUCAUGAAUGCUGCAGGUGUGUAAGUGGGAAACGAAUUGGAAAAGACCUUCUGGAAAAACCAAUGUUUGUUCUUGCUGUGCUGCUGUUAUGGAACUUUGGUUUGUUAAUUGUGGAUCAUAUUCACUUUCAGUACAAUGGAUUUUUAUUUGGAUUAAUGCUUCUUUCUGUUGCUCGCCUGUUUCAGGAAAGGCAUUUGGAAGGGGCUGCUCUGUUUGCUGUUCUCCUACAUUUCAAGCACAUCUACAUCUACGUAGCCCCAGCCUAUGGUGUAUACUUGCUACGAUCCUAUUGCUUUACUGAAAAUAAAGCAGAUGGAUCCCUUAAAUGGAGCAGUUUCAGCUUUCUUCGCAUAACUCUGCUGGGAUUGAUUGUCUGCCUUGUUUCUGCUCUUUCAUUGGGACCCUUCAUAGUAUUGGGCCAGCUACCUCAACUCAUCUCACGGCUUUUUCCCUUCAAGAGAGGGCUAUGCCAUGCUUACUGGGCUCCUAAUUUCUGGGCUUUGUACAAUGCUGUGGACAAAGCAUUAGCAGUUAUUGGUGUAAAAUAUAAAUUCCUUGAUCCUGAGAAGAUGCAGAAGGCUGCCAUGACAGGAGGAUUGGUUCAAGAAUUUCAGCACACUGUCCUUCCUUCUGUGACACCCUUUGCAACAUUAAUCUGUACUGUCGUCUCUAUAUUGCCCUCUGUUUUCUGUCUUUGGUUUAAACCUCAAGGGCCCAGGGGAUUCCUUCAGUGCCUGAUACUUUGUGCCUUGAGCUCCUUCAUGUUUGGCUGGCAUGUGCACGAAAAAGCAAUACUCCUUGCUAUUCUUCCCCUAAGCUUAUUGUCUGUGCAGAGAGCAAAAGAUGCUGGCCUCUAUCUGAUUCUAACGACUACAGGGCACUUUUCACUCUUCCCAUUGUUGUUUACAGCACCAGAACUUCCAAUUAAAAUACUGCUAAUGCUGCUGUUCACAGUCUAUAGCUUCUCUUCACUGAGGACUUUGUUCAGGAAAAAUGGGCCUCUGCUGAACUGGCUGGAAAUCCUCUACCUCACUGCAUUGGUGCCUCUGGAAAUCUUCUGUGAAAUUGUAUUCCCUUUGAGCCCCUGGAAACUGAAAUUGCCUUUUAUCCCUUUGUUACUAACUUCUGUAUACUGUGCUCUAGGCAUCACAUAUGCUUGGCUCAAACUGUAUGUCUCUGUCUUGACUGAAUCAGCAACUGUCAGACAGAAGGCAGAAUAAAGAAGCAUCACUGGGAUCAGUGCCAAGAAAACCCUUCACGUGGACCAUCCGGCACUAGGGGGAGUCUUCUUCCAAGGACACGUCCGCAGUGAAAAGCCAACGGUACAGUGUACUGUUCGGCUCAUAAGUGCAGCUUUUCAGCACCUCUGUACCAUCCAACUGUUAUACCUCUGAUCAAAGCAGCUGUCUAAAACACUGCGUUUCUCAUGAGAUGCUCCUUGCCAUGUAUAAACUGUGAAAUCUAAUGGAGAAAAAAAAUUAUAUAAAAAAUAUUGGCCGCUUAAAAUGUCCAGAUUGCUGCCCUCAAGAAAAUAUGGCUACUGGUAAGGGAUCAUGGCUGUGUAGACAAGAACAUUGUAAUCAUGUGCUGUGGAAAAUGUAAAUAAAAUUCUUUUUUAAUA